AUGGCAUUAACCUGUCUUGCAACGUCAGGUGCCUCCAAAGGUUUUGGUUUUGCCCAAUUCCCUUCCAUCGAACACGCGCGCUCUUUUGUGGGCCCUCAAUUUCCCUUCAUUCAAGUCCCCCCUCCACAAUCUCAUGGUGCUUCGGCAACGGCCGCUUUCCACAAAGCACUGGAAACUGGAGCCCCACAUACCGGGCGUAGGGUGAAGAUCGAUUAUUCGCAGAGCGCGAAUCCUCAUGACAAAGGGCGCAACACUAGGAGCAAUUCCAAUGAUGGCACCCGGGACAUUGGGAACUCGCCUGCAGCCGUGCUACUCUUCCGGGGCUUAGACCCGCUUUCCGGCCCUCAGGCAAUAUACCAGGCCUUGCUAUCAUCUUCAGGUUCCAGCAUUCAAGGUGCCAAAGGCAUGAAACGAAUCCUCCUGAUCAAAGACAAAGUCACUUUGGGGAGUCUGGGGUUCGCCUUUGUUGAAUUCGUUGAUGCUUCAGCCGCUUCCAUCGUUUUAAGUGCAACUAUGUCACCAAAGAUUCAUCCGAACGGUUUCCGCAUCUCAGACCGGCCGGUUUCAGUCUCUUUCGCUCACCCGUACUCCUUCCAGCCAAUUGCGGAUUUGAUGAUCCGUGACGAUGCCUGCAUUUCAUCCUCAGUCAGUCUGGGCGGUGAGGAGGGCACACUGGUUCGAUACUGGGACGAAAGUUCCACUAUCGCCCAACUCGAGUUCGAAGUCGAAGUCCCAGCUCCGACUGUCGCACCAACGAAAGAGAAAAAGGACAAGAAGAAACCAAAAAAUGAUGCUGAUAUAACGCCGCGAAAUGCACCGGCUGCUCCUUCGGUUUUACCCGUCUCUGACAAACCUGUCACGCUGAGCUUCGGCAAGGGCUUGGGUCGGGCAGGGCCUGUCAAACCGGCUGCUGUGACCCUGGGUUUCUCUUUGGAUGAUGAUGACGACUCUCCGGAUCAGGAAGAGAAAGACACUGGAUUCAACGCGAACAAGAUCACUCCUCUCAUCGUCAACAAGAAAACUGCAAACAACAUCAACAAAUGGAAUCAAGUCCAGGAAGAACUGUCGAGCGCCGUACCUUCUUCGUCUAAUCUGGCCCCUGUCGUUUCUCCUCCAAGUGAAUCGGUCCAUGCAGGACAAGAGCACGACUUUUCGGAUAUGGAGGCUUUAGCCUGUUUACUCUGCUCUCGGCAGUUCAAAGCCGUGGAUCAACUGAAGCGACACAACAAAGACUCGGAACUACACAAGGCUCGCAUCCUUCAACUAUUUCGUCUAGUUGUUAUCAGGAAGAAUUCUCAAGAUGCCCGACUGUGUCAAGUGGCUCGCGACAAAUUGGCGGCCCGGCAAGAAACCGCGCAAGCAGCUGAGACCCGAUAUCGCGAUCGGGCAUCGGAACGUCGCAUUUUGUUCAAUCAACCCGACCACCCAGUCCUUGGAGCUGAUGCUCAAGCUGCUGGGAAGAAACGUCAGGUCGAUGGGCCUGCUCGAGCUCCCUCCCCGCCAGUGGUUGCUGUCAAUCCUGGCAAAGACGAUAGCAAUGUCGGCAACAAGCUUCUGAAGAUGAUGGGGUGGUCUGAAGGCAUGGGCCUCGGCACAGGCGGCGAGGGGAGAGUGGACCCCAUUGCCGCUGCGGUCUACGCUCAGGGUGCAGGCUUAGGCGCCAGCAAAGGGAAAGACAUCACGAAGAUCACAGAAGCAACAACCAACUAUGCCGGUCUCGUAAAGGAUUCGGCUCGUGAACGAUUCGGGAUUUCGGGUUGCGCUUCUCGUCUUGGAAGCAGUGCCAUCCUUCGUUCGCUUGAGAUGACAUCACACCCUCGUUAUACCCUCUUAUCCCCAAUGUCCAUGCACCAGAAACACCAUCGCUCGCCGUCCGCGUCUCACUCGGGCGAACCCUCCCAAACACAUCACCACUCCCUGCUCCCGACGAUCCUGCCCACUGCCGCGCUUGUUGAGAGCGUUGCCGGGGCCGCACAUUACUCGGGCAGCCAAGUCGAGGCACUAAAGCACCGACACAGCAGCACAGAACGGCGGGACGAUCACAAGGAGCUCAAGCCUGGUCAUCAGCAGGUGCUUGAAGAUAUACAAGCACUGUACGAGUUGCACCCGAGUGCAGAACUCUUUGCCCGUUCAUGGCACAAGGAUGCUGUCUUCGAGGACAGAUACAGCAAAUGUAAGGGCAUCCGGGAAUGCUCUGCUCAGUGGUACGCAUUGGCAAGUCUCUUCUCUAAAUCCGAAACUCUGGAUUCGCGAGUCAUGUCGUCGACCCAUACACCGAAUCGACUGGUUAUGUCAAGAACACAACGAUAUAAGAAUCGAAUCACGCGUCAGACCAUUUCCUCUGUCAUCACGGUCGACUUGGACGAGUCGAAUAAAAUCAUUCGAAUGAUGGAUCAGGAGGAUGGGUCGCCAUUGCCAGUACGAUUCGGAGUCUCGGCUCUCCGUCGGUUGAAUGGGAGGCUUAUCCCUAUAUUCUUCUCUCAUCAUAAGUAGAUUUGACUGGCCAUUUUGGACAUGUGUUGCCUGAAUGUUUCGUCAAUUGCGCGUUUGUAAAUGUGAUCAGGUAAGCAGAUCGGGUAAUCAGGUGCGGUUUACCGCGCAGUCGAUCAAUCCGCAGCACUGCGCUUUUUGAGCUCUCUCACUCUAUUCACUGCCUCAACUCGUGUCAAAAUGCACAUAGAGGCGCAUCCGGACGCUCUCAAACCCUCUAAGAAGGGCAAAGAGCGAGAUAUUGGGGCCAGAGAACUUCAACCGACAAAUCUCGAUCAGCAGCUCAUGAUGGCGCGGCGGCGCGCAGCCAAAACCGAUGCUGCUCGCCCACCUCGGGAACGUCCAGAGCGAGCUGACCGAGAGCAACGCUUGGCUGCCCCUGCAUCAGGGGCACGUAAACAUCCGAACCCACAAUUAGUGGUGUCGAAUGCUCACACGAACACCGACGCAGCAGACGCAGACGAGUUCUCCCGGAGACUCAAGAUAUCUGCCUCCCCAUCGCGCAAACCCGCACACGCUGCCUCGUCGCCACACUCGCGCUUGUUCAACCCCGACCGCGAUCCAAUACCCAUGCGCCGAACGGCUGAGCCGGAGGCCAUGUCUGAUGCAGCAAGUUCGUCUUACGUGUCGCGAGGAGCGCAGCAAGCCAGUCCGCAGCACCAGCAGCGAGGAGAAUCCGGUGCACGCCAACUCUUCGAUCAUCGCAAGGACGAUCCCGUGCGAUUCGUGCUCCGUGGCAAGCCUCCUCCGACGCCCAAGUCAUCGGGGGAAUACGUAUCCGCUUCUUCAACCUCCUCUUACGCAAAUUCGAUGGCUUCGUCGACCUUCACUCUCUCGUCAACCACGGAUGGGUCGUCCACCUCUUCGGCUUUGUUUGACAGGAAAGGCAAUCCCACCGGGGAGGAACGCAACACGAACGUCUUUGCGAUCCAACUGAAGAAGCUGUACCGUGCCAUCACAGAUCUCGAGGCUAAGAUCAAGCAAGAGGACGGGGACGAUGAGGAUUCGGGCCGCGUGUUGCUGAAGGCCAAAGAAGGGGACGCAAAUGAUGUGAAGGACAAGGAACGGGAGAAAUGGAAAAGACAGAUUUCCGACCACAAGGAGUUGGCUGAAUUGAUGCACAAUCUUUUGGAGAUUUCGUUGGCUCCGAGUGUCCCAGCGUCUCUGCGCAACAUCCCAACAAAGUACAACAUCAUCAUCCGGCUUUGGUUUGCGUUCCACAAGCUAUUGGAGUCGCUCCGACGUGCCUCCUUCAGCUCUCCAUUGGCGCUAGAGCAUCUCCAGGAUUUCAUCUACUACGCGUACAUCUUUUACACGGGCCUUCUGGAGGAACCGACUCUCGAUUCCUUCAAAAGUGGAUGGCUGGAGGCUCUGGGUGACCUUGCGCGCUACAAGAUGGCUGUCGCGGCCAUGGUCGUGGGAGGAGCCGACGCCGGCAAUGCUCUCACUACGGAUGCCGUCAUAGUGGCUGGCUCGGAUCUUCUCGCACCCCCGGCUGCUGGCGGGUCGAAAUCAGUCAGUGAUGCGCAUGCAGCACGGAUCGACGACUCCCCUUCUCCGAGUAUUGGUGUUGCCGCAGCCCGAUUGUUGGAAGUUGAACCUGAAAAGGAGCGGUGGAGGUGCAUUGCCCGUGACUGGUAUGGAAUGGGCAUUGCAGACCAGCCAGGCCAUGGCAAGCUCCACCAUCACCUUGGACUGCUCAGUCGUGAAGUUGAACGCGAAGAACUGCGCGGUGUCUAUCAUUUCGUAAAGAGCAUGACCACGCUUCAUCCAUUCAUGACCUCGCGCGAGUCGGUCUUGCCUCUGUGGUCUGGCACCGCACAGGCUCGACGGGCUCAGCCGGAGGCCCGUUUGGCGGAUCUUUUCGUUCUGCUCCAUGGAAUGGUCUUCACUAAUAUACAACUGGACGACUUCCAACCCACGCUGGCCCGGUUCAUGGAACGCCUCGAGAUCGAAGGCGCCGAUGAGCGGGACUGGAUCAUGAUGUCCAUCGUUAAUAUCGGUGCCGUCCUCGAAUAUGGCAAGUCGACCGGCCUGCUCAAGAAGUUCGGUGGUCUGGGAUCACGCGACAUGUCAGGGGCUUCGGCAAUGGCGAUGCGCGUUAUGGCUAAACGUGCGAUGGCGGACGAGAAGGACAAGAUGGAUGUGGAUGAGGACCAAAUGCAGACCUCGCCGGUCAUGUCUGAGGCUGAUUCUCAGCCGGACCAACUUCCGGUGGCCCUCCGUCUUGCUCUCCAGCUCACCUUCACGAUGCUCUCCUACGUCUUGCACCAUCCCACACGAAAAGCAUCGCCAUUCGCACGGUCAAAUCUAAAUCCAUAUUUGACCGUCAUCCUGACAUUCCUGGCGACUGUGCUCAAGCAUCCGCAAAUCAGAGUUGUCAUGGAACGUAGCGUGCCGUGGGACGACCUCGCUGUCUUCUUCGCCAGAAUUCCGCGGCGUGUGAUGGCAUCGCAAGGACUUGGCGAGGUCCGCUCUUCGCGAGAGGAACGCUGGGCGAUGCUGACCACUGGUUGUGCGCCGCCGCUGCCCGAGGACUGGUGCCUGCGUGGAAUGGAAUGGGUCGGACGCAAGGUGUAUCAGCACGGCUUCUGGAAGACGGGGGAAGACAAGCGUGCGGAAAUGCAGGUCCUCGAGGACUCCAUCGGCGCGGAGAUCACCGAUGGCCACAUAGAAGACGACUCAGAUGACCAGGACGGCGAUGCCUCAAAGAACGCAGGUGACUCCGACCUGGAACGUCGCUGGAUCCGCAUCAUCCGCUGUGCUGUUGGCAUCGCAGACAGCGUCGACGGAUUCACAUGGGUCGAAGGCACUCGCCAGUGGCAGGUCGAAGGUGUCCUCGCACAGAAGGCGGCCGAAUGGAAAGAACAGGACCGCCUGGAACGAGAAGAGGAGGAUCGGAGGAGAACUCGCCGGCGGUGGGAUGAUUCUGUGGAUCUGGACGAGGACAUGGUGGACGGAAUUGCCUCAGAGGAAAGUGAGGACGACGAGAAUGACUCAGAGGAGGUCAAAGAGCUGAAGGCUCGUCGCAAAUAUCUGCAGAGUCUUCUAGCAUCCGACCAGAGUCGUCGCGCGACGACUUCCGAACGCCGACGGGCCCGAACCGGACAAGAAGCGCGGCUUGACAUCGUGCGGGGCUACUCGAUACUUGUUAUCGACACGAAUAUCUUCCUUUCCUCGCUGUCGAUGCUGGCUUCAGUCAUCGAAAGCCGGCAGUGGACUGUGGUGGUGCCUCUACCGGUCAUUAUGGAAUUGGACGGGCUCUCGUCCAACCCUUCGCAGCUGGGCGAAGCUGCCCAAGCGGCGCUCACCUAUCUGUCCACCCACAUUCGCACCCACGGCACUUCAUUGAAGGUCCAGACAUCCAAGGGCAACUAUCUGACCUCACUGAACAUCCGAACGGAGCAAGUCGACUUCAGCGACGGCAGUGCCGAGCGGAACAUGGACGAUCUGAUUCUCAAGGCUGCGCUUUGGCAAGACGAGCAUUGGGUCGACCGCACUUCCAUCCUCAAAUCCGACGCUAUCACCACUGAUGCCACUGUCAAGGUUGUUUUGCUUAGUCUGGACCGAAACCUCCGUCUCAAGGCUCGUUCCCGGCAACUCCCUGCCGCUAGCGAGAAAGAUCUGGCAGCUGUCCUCGUUUCUGUCACAUAAGUGGAGGCGGACCGAUGUCGGUUCCCUUUCGAGUCCCAACCCGCUCCCCAUGGCACCUGGACCAGACAAUUCGUGCAAUGUGCAUCUAGAACGACCCAGUUCUCGCGACAUGGCACGUCCGGGUUCUUCUCUUGGGGUUUUCUGCAGGGACAUUUACUGUACUCAUCACGGCCGUGUUAGACUUAUGUACAAUGUAUUGGCCAGUCCUGAAUAUAUGUAUGUUGUACUUUCUCUGCUACCACGACCCCAAGAAAUCUACUGUCGCUCCCAAUCCCCGGACGCGUUCUAAUUCAGCCAUCAACUCCGAGUGGCUGCCCUCGAGUUCCAGAAAAUAUACGUCCUGUGAUAAAUGGGUGCUUCCUAUCCUCGGCCGGCGGUCGAAACGAUGCACUAACACGCGCAGCAUACCCCGUGUGCUUGCGGGCACGGCAAGAGGAAGAUCGAUCUCUUGCGUCAAUGUCAGGAUGUAGAACCGCGUGUAGUUGCCUGCCGAGACUUAGCGCAGUCGGGCAGAAGAUGAGCACAAGCACACACUAUUGCUAUCUUGUACGCCGACGUCCAGCACUUCUAAGCCAUCGAAUACAGUGGCGCAGAGCUUCGAAGCAAUAGCAGCGGUAUCGAGAGACCCGACAAGCGAUUUGGCCGCCGCGGCCGUCGACGAGACCUUUUCUAUCGAAGCAAGCGGGAAGUGGCGUGCGAUGUAUCCGCGACACUGGCCCAGGGCCUAACAACCCGCUCGACAGAAUCCGGGAACCAGCAACUAGCAGGCGCACCUGUUCAUGACUUCGCACGACUCUGAUAUCCUCGCCACUGACACCCCGCGGAACCAGAACAGAGUGCUGGAUCUCCAGCACCACUUCGCCUCUGAUGAAACCGACACCGGGGUUGCGCAGGGCGUCGUACGUCUCAAUGACGCUACCGUAAAUGCUGUUUUCCUGUGGUACUACGCCAGCGUGAGCGGUUUUACGCGCGACUGCCUCAAAGACAUCUGUUAUGCAGCUCGUUGAGCCCAACGCUACUUUAAAAGUAUGUGGCGAUGGGGUCUGGACGUGCCUGCGAUGGUUCUGCACUCGUGGUAGUCUACAGCGUCCUCGAAUCUGUCGUAGGCUGCCUACGUAUGACCUUGAGAUCAGAGAGCUUGAGGAGGUGAUAGACAACUAGAGCACCUGAUGAGAAUAUGUUCCCAGUGGACCCAGGUACGCGACCACAAAAGGAGUGUGCAUUCACAGCAGUGGAAAGUGUGGGGUUUGAUUAGAUCGUGUCAAAUGGAUGAUCGGAAGGGGUAACAUUUCCGUAACUAGUACAAUAGACAAUGAUAAGAUGUAGGAAAGAUAGCGUCCGUCUCUAUUCGACACCGAAUCCUACGGUUUCUCUGCAAAAGAGAUCAGCAAGAGCCCAGGCGGACUGAAUAGCGCACGUACUCGACAGCGAGAGUCAAUUUGUGUUCCAGGCUGGCAUAAUCCUUGUACGGGGGAAGAUCGAUGCGGUUGAAGCAAGUGUGACUCUUGGGCAGUUGGGAUGGAUCCCCGCUCUUCUCUAUCGUGAAUCGACGAGGACUAGGAUUUGGUCAGAUCGCUGGCCAGAAAGACGACACAAUCCACUCACCCGUCAGAUCCUUGCAAAUCCUUGAAACCAUUCACGGGAAUCCGAGAAGUUCCAGUGGCAAACUGCAGCAGACGCGACUUUCUUUCCGGAGGCCAGCUGCGAACACACUUCCAGAACCAUUGGAUGACUUCGUCGUUCAUUUCGUAGCCUCGGUAGUCCGUGAACUUGGUCCAGUCAUCCACAUCAAUCUCCGACACGCCUCCAAUCAGCAGUUCCAAUUCCCGUUCAUCGAAGACGGUGAUGAGGUCUUGAGGGAUGAGCUCGCUGAAGCCAGACAUGAACGCCUCAAACUGUUCCUUCACCCGCUUCGAGAUGCGGUAGUCGACGACGUGGUCGACGUAUUCCUUCUUGUUCUCUUCAGUGACAGGAACAUCGCCUCCCCCGGCCUUCAGCUCAAUGGUGACCAUCUCGCCAAAGCGCUCCUCCGUAGUAGUGAAUGUUUCAUCAAUGAUGUCAGUGAUGUCGUUUUCCCUGGACACUCGUCAGUCAUGGCAAGCACAUCCAAUUCCCUGUACUCACAGCAUCCACGUCAUUCCCCGGUGCAGCUCGGCAUCGACACUCUCAAGGUCCGAGAGCGUCACCUUCUUCUUCAAGAUCAUCUUGUAGAAGCUGACAAUAAAGUAGGCAUCCAGGAAUCGGCGAUGGAAAAUGCCCAGGCCAAGGCAGCGCCCAAUAAACUUGAAGUAGUUCAAGUGCUCAGGGUUGACACCCGACGCCGGGUUGAUCUGCAGGGUGUAGUUGUCGUGCGCCGAAUACUCGAACAAACAGUAGAACGGAUUGAACAUCUCGUGAGAGAGGAGGAAGAAGAAUUCUCUGCGAAGCCGUCAACUCCAAUGUUGGAUCCGGCAAGAGAUAAACACACCUGGAAACUCCUCCGUAAUCGAGACCGUCCUCGCCAUCGAACUUGAUCAUCAGCCGUUUCUUGAGAUCGUUCGGGGUCUGGCGCAUGAUCUCUGCAUAACUGUCUUCGAAGAUGUGGUUUCGGCGAAUCUUGAUCUGGCAAUUGCCCGGCUGAGCUCGCAUUGCGGGCUGACUGCGGAAGUAGAUGAGCUUGCGGCGGAAGUCGCGCUUGUACUGCGGGACGUUCGCGUCGAGCGUCGAUGGCAGACGAGGGUCAUCCCAGGUCGUAGUCUUCGUGUUAUGGUCCACAAAGUAUACACGCGCCGUGUUGGUCAGCCUCAUUUCCCAGCCAGAAGGCAACGGCCCAAGCUGCGAGAUGGGCUGUGGCUGCAAAGCGGAGCCCUGGCCGUUGUGGCCCAUGACGCGGAUCACAGUCUGCCGACGCGGAUCGACCCAUGUCGUCGUUCGUGUGUUGUGAUCGACAUAGUAAGGUCGGCCCUCCGGAGUGUAUCGCUCCUCCCAUCCGUUAGGCAGACUGCCUGAACCUGCGGUGGUAGCGUUGUUCACAGCAGAGGCAGCAAUGUUGGCUGCCGUCCCACUGGCCCCCGGAGCCGGACUAGCACUCGAGCUUCGCGUCACGGUACUGCUUGUCGUUUCCAGCAAGUCGUCAGCGAGAAUCCGGCGGUUGUGCUGUUCCCGAGCAGCAUUCGUCUCGUUGUCCUGUGCGUUAUUGUUCGCAGUAGCACUCGCUGAUGGACGAUUCCAAGUCGUCGUCCGUGUGUUAUGGUCAACGUAGUAUGUACGUCCAAGCGGGUCGAUACGGCGCUCCCACCCAGAAGGAAGCGGCCCGUAUUGAUCCUCGUUGGGAUUGAAGUUACGCGUCUGGGCAUUCUGGGGCGUCGCCGUGGUUGGGCCUGGGGGUGCUGGGGCAGCAGGCAUUGUAGUCGCCGGGGACGCAGCUAUCGUGCUGUUGGGCCGUGAGUCAGCAGAUGUUGCUGGAGGCGUCGUCGCUGCCGCCGAUGCUUGUUCAGGUGAAGUGGCGAUGGGGCUUGUCACAUUUGUCCCAACCUGUGCUGUGCUGUCAGAUCCCGCAGCGUGAGAACUGGCGGUUCGGGAUAAUGUCGAGGCCGAAGUGGAUAGCGCGAGAUUCGAAGAACUGGCCGCAGGCGAGGUGUUCAAACCCAUCUCAGCCAUAGCGCUCGUCAAUCCCGAGACCUGCGAGGGUCCGGGGUUGUUGAUGGGUUGAUUGACGUUCGUCGACAAAUAAAUGAUGAGCUUGCCAUGGACGAUGAGGUUGUCGUUGGACUUUUUGAGGUCCAAAGUAAGCAUU